GGUCGGUGGAUAAAUGAAUACGGUGAUAUUUUUGGGUUUUUUCUAGGUGAUACCCCUUUCAUGGUAGUAAAAGACCCGGAAAUUAUAAACGAAGUCUUUUUCAAGGAGUUCAGCAAGUUUCAAGGUCGUGGUCGCAUGAUGCACAUCUACGAGAUGGACCCCGUCUUUUCGAGAUACAUUGUCCUUUCCAAGGGUGAGACGUGGAGGACCUCGCGGGCCAGCAUGUCACCCUUCUUCACUACUUCCAAACUCAAAGCGGUGAUGCCCUCGUUGCUGCACGCCCAGCAGCAGUUUAUUGACGUCUUAGGUGAGCACGCUGAUAAGGGUGUCGAGGCGGACAUCAACAGCCUUUGCGAGCGGUUGACCUUCGACGUCGUUGGCAAGGCGGCGUACGGUAUAGACACCAAUGUACAACGGAAUCCUGAAUACCCGAUGUUUAGGAAUGCCCUCGCCAUUCUACCGAACCUGAACGCUGGAUUCCUUUAUAACCUUGGCCAGAACUGCUACCACUGGCCUUGGCUUUUGAAAUUGCCUGUGAAGCUCAUGGGCCUAAUUUAUGCCAACCCCAUCGCAGACAUGAGGAAGAAGGCGGAAGAGAUCAUCCAAUACCGUCGUAAAAAUCCAGAGGUGAAAGUACCAGACAUGGCUCAGAUGCUUCUUGAUGGUCUUCUCCGCGCAGAACGUUCGGAUGCGGAAAAAUGCUUGGCCAAAGCAGAGAGUACAGCUCCUCUGCCUCGCGAAACUCUGAACGAGCUGUCCACAAACUGCAUGACAAUUUUCGUUGGCGGAUACGACACGACUGGUGUUGACCUACUGGUUUUACGUAUGGGAAGACAUCCAGAUAUCCAAGAGAAAAUGCGCCGUGAGGUUCUUCAAGCUUUCGAAAAAGAGGGCGAACACCUGUCUGUGUACACUCUUAAAGAACUUCCGUACACAAACCAAGUAAUUUCUGAGACAAUGCGAAUGUAUCCGCCAAUAUUAACACAAUCACGGUGUGCCGACGAAGACCAUCGGUGCGGCAAGUACCUUAUCAAAAAAGGAACUUCCGUGGUAGUCCCCACGUACCAUAUCCACCAUGAUCCUAGACACUGGGAAGAACCUGAAAAAUUUAAGCCAGAAAGGUUUAGCCCUGAAAACAAGCAUCUGAUCAACUCAACUGCCUACCAUCCGUUCGGCCUGGGGCCACGCAUGUGCGUCGGCUCCCGUCUGGCUCUACUCGAGCUCGCCUCGGUUACUUCUCAAGUGCUCCGUCAAUUCAAAAUAACUUUGGCUCCAAGACAGAACCGUGACCUUGAGCUGACAACGUACUCAUUUUUAGGCGUGCCUAAAGAGAACGUGAAGAUCUACGUGCAAAGGCUUUGCCAGGACAAAUGA